UUUGAAGCGAUGGAAGGGUUACGGCAACUGGAGGCUUUGUGUGAGAGGCUAUACAAUUCGCAGGACUCUGUUGAACGAGCCCACGCUGAGAACACUCUCAAAUGCUUUUCUGUGAACAUCGAAUACAUUUCACAGUGCCAAUACAUUCUGGACAAUGCCGUGACUCCGUACGCGUUGAUGCUAGCUAGUUCUAGUUUGUUGAAGCAAGUCACUGACCAUAGCCUUGCUCUGCAGCUUCGUCUUGAUAUUCGGAGUUACCUUAUUAACUAUUUGGCCACUAGAGGACCUGAGUUGCAGCCAUUUGUGACUGCGUCCUUAAUCCAACUCUUAUGUCGACUCACCAAGUUUGGGUGGUUUGAUGAUGAUCGAUUCCGGGAAGUGGUGAAAGAGUCGAUGAACUUCUUGAACCAG